UUUAUUUCUAAAUGGCAAGUUAAGCGUAUAAUGAUGACUUGUGUACCCCGCUCUCAAUGAUUUCAAAGUAAUACAAAAUUUUGAAGUGGUAAAAUUGGUGCAUGGAAACAGCCAAGCCAUCCACGGGGCCGGAAAAUUGGAGAGUAAAGGAUUGGGUGGGUUAGUAGCAGAAUCUAGGGUAGCUGUGUUGCAAAGAAAAAGAAAAAAUGUGGGUUCAGCACAAGUUAUUCCUAUCAACUGUGACUGAGAUUUGCACUUUUCUUGUCACUUGGUUGAUUCUUUGGCAAUUUAUUAUUAUUUUUUUUUGCCGUUUUAACUGUCCUCAGUUAAAUUCUUUUCCCUCGCGUUUGUAUAUGCUUAUUCUUUAGGCAUCUUAUCGUCUUCCUCUUUUAAGGCAUUUUAUAUAUUGGUGACAGCAACCAUACGACAGUAUUGCAUUUGUUGGCACAUUGUAUGAAAUUAAGAUAUGUCAGCAGAAGCAGAGUCCAAUUCUCUCGAGUUUACACCAACCUGGGUGGUAGCUGCUGUCUGUUUCAUCAUUGUUCUCAUAUCUAUUAUCGCUGAACGAGGUCUUCAUCGCCUCGGGAAGUAUUUGAAGCAUAAGAAACAAGAUGCACUAUUUGAAGCAUUACAAAAAUUGAAAGAAGAGCUGAUGCUAUUAGGAUUCAUUUCCCUUCUAUUAACUGUCUUUCAAGGUCUAGUAAGUGAAAUUUGCAUCCCGGCUUACUUAGCAACUACUCUGCUUCCAUGCGAGAGGCAUAGUGAAGAGAAAACUCAUGAAGAAUAUACUUCUCAAGCUAUAAACAAUAGACGGCGCUUGAUCUCCACAGAUAACAGCUCAGACCAUUGUUCGCGUGAGGGGAAGGUCCCCUUAUUGUCACUGGAAGCAUUACAUCAUCUGCACAUUUUCAUCUUUGUAUUGGCAGUUGUUCACGUGAUAUUCUGCGUCAUUACGAUGGUUCUUGGAGGAGCAAGGAUACGACAAUGGAAGCAGUGGGAAGAAUCGAUUUUGAAACAUAGAAAUGAGGAUACCGAUCAUCAUCAUACAUUUUUUGCACGACAUGCACAAGGAUAUUGGAGAAGGGCAGCUGUUGUGAGCUGGAUUGUAAGUCUUGUAGUUAUUUAUACUAUUCUGGUGAAUGUAAAUGAGUUAAAUUUUGCUGUCUUCAAGAUGUCAUUCUUCAAACAGUUUUAUGAUUCUGUUACCAAGUCAGACUACUUAGCACUUCGAGAAGGGUUUAUCAGAGGUGUUACCGAUUACCUCUUCACCCCACAGACUCAAGGUCAUAGAAACUUUGAUUUUCACGGGUACAUGAUUCGGACACUUGAAGUGGACUUCAAAAAGAUUGUUGGCAUAAGCUGGUACCUGUGGCUAUUUGUGGUGGUGUUUUUGCUAUUGAACGUGGAAGGGUGGCAUACGUAUUUUUGGUUAUCGUUUCUCCCUGUCAUUCUUUUACUUCUCGUGGGAACCAAGUUAGAGCACAUUAUCACUCGCUUAGCGCAAGAGGUGGAUGUGAGUGAAGCAACACAAGUUAAACCUUCCGACACACAUUUUUGGUUCGAAAAGCCUGGAAUCGUUCUUCACUUGAUUCAUUUUAUUCUCUUUCAAAAUGCAUUUGAGCUUGCAUUUUUCUUCUGGAUAUUGUGUACAUAUGGAUUCCAUUCAUGCAUCAUGGAAAGAAUGAGCUAUAUCAUCCCUAGACUUAUAAUGGGUGUAAUGGUUCAAGUUCUAUGCAGUUACAGCACCUUGCCUUUGUAUGCUUUGGUAACACUGAUGGGUAGUCAAUUGAAGGAAGGACUGUUUAAGGAGUUUGUGCGAUCGUCAUUGGACAAGUGGUUCACCGAUCGAAAAGGUGAAGCAAGCAAGCAUGAGUCCACAAGUACCACACAGAUGGAUAGAAUGGUGAAAGAAUCUUAUCAAAGCAUGCCAACCGGACUGAGUAUCGCGGGAGAAACUACACUAUCGAUAACAGUGCAGUAUAGUGGACCAAACCCAUGAACCGUCAACUUCUUGUGUUACUCUCACCAACUAGUGAAAUUAUUAAUCAUUAAGCUUUAUGUUUCAAGUUUCUACGAAUCUUUAUACCUUGACCUACCUCAAAUUAAGCUAGGUUUACUUAAAAUAUUAAA